AUGCUGGAUUACGAAUGGACGAACCCGGCGGCGGCCGCAGCCGCGGCAAUGCUAUUGUUUGGGGACGGCGGCGAGGUAGGCCCCACGCCGUUCGACCAAUACGGCGGGAGCGGGAACGGGUUGGCGGCUGGAGAUUUGUUCGCACCGACGGCAGCUGGCGGGCUGUUCUCGCCUGUGGGGGCGCCAGCGGGGAGCGGGCAGAGGUACGGGAUGGGAAUGCCGGCGGCGGUGGCCGCGCCGGCGAGGAUAGGAUUGAAUCUGGGAGUGAGAACGUACUUUUCGUCGGCGUCGCCGGAGGAGGAGAUGGGAAUGGGGAUGGGGAUGGGGAUGGGGAUGGGGAGAGUGUGUAGAAGGAGGGCGAGGAUGGCGAGGUGCCAGGCGGAGGGAUGCGGUGCUGAUCUUACUCAUGCGAAGCAUUAUCAUAGGAGGCAUAAGGUCUGCGAGUUUCAUUCCAAGGCUUCUAUUGUCAUCGCCGCCGGACUGUCACAGCGCUUCUGCCAACAAUGCAGCAGGUUUCAUGUUCUAUCUGAGUUUGAUCAAGGAAAGCGCAGCUGCCGGAAGCGUUUGGCCGACCACAAUCGUCGGAGAAGGAAGUCUCAAGAUCUGACCACCAUCAACACCCUAAACAACAACGAUAAUAAUAAUAAUAAUAAUAAUAAUAAUAAUAACAGCAAUAGCACGAUCACAACGGCAACCAACAACAGCAAUAACACUGCACUGCUUCACUUUGAGUCGAGCAGCAGCAGCAAUAACAACAACAAUAACAACAUGAACGUGGGGAGCUCCAUGGAUCAAUGCAACCCUGAGAUAGGUUCUACCGUAACCCGAGCUCCCUCUCCCGCAAUGGCGCUUGGGCUCGGUUGCGGAGCCAUCGCAGUCUCCUCGGCGCCGGCAGGGCUGUCUGGUUCAUCAUCGACAACGGUAACAUCGCCGCCGAGAGUCUCGUUCUUCUCUCACCUUGGUGAAAUCCGUGCACAGGAGCACCGCUUCCUGAGCUGGGAUGAUGGCGACGAUGGAAGCAGCAUUAGAAGUCUCUAUCAGAGCAAAUAG